ACACUGUGCCACAACACCAGCCCCUCUUUGCCCUCUGCCCACUGAAUUCCAUUAUGUGGCCUCCAUCUUCAAAGGCUCUGUAGUGGAAUGAGAAGGCCAUGCCAAGGUGGCCACUGGCAAGCGAGCGUCAGUUAGUCAGGAAUGGCUUUGAAACUGCCUGGCGACAGGCUGUGAUUGGAUGGCUCUGGAAACUGCCUGGCGACAGGCUGUGAUUGGAUGGAUUUGAAACUGCCUGGCGACAGGCUGUGAUUGGAUGGCUCUGGAAACUGCCUGGCAACAGGCUGUGAUUGGUUGGGGUAUAGACCGCCCCUUGACCAGAUUGGCUGGUCUUGGCUAUAUAAGCUAUUGCACCAACUAUAAUAAAUGAGUCUGCAGGCUGCUCGCCUCAAGCCUGCUCUCACCGGACUCCCGGGGUCUGUGUGUUGACUCCGCGCCUCUUGCCCCCACCACGCUGCUCUUCUCAGAAACGAACCCACUGCUACAUUGUGGAGAACUCAACGGCAACAUCUGGCGCGCCAACGUGACUGGGAAAGAGACAGUGUGUCGGACUCGGCGAGGUCCCCCCUGGAUUUCGGCAAGUAGGCCCCUCGGUGUUUGGUGUGCUGUUCGGUUCUGUGAGGGUGAGCACAGAACCCCCUCCUACGCCCCUUUCUUUGUCCUUGUCCUCGGUCUAAGUGACCCCAGGUUAGCACACACCGCCCUGAAGCGUACGUCGCUUCUCGGCUCCUCCUUUUACUUUCGGUUCGCCCGGCGAAUUCACAUAAGGGACUGAUCAUCCCAGAAUUUGGAACCAAGUCAUCUUCCCUCACUCGAGAGAGGUGACGCUCCGGAGACACCGUGUGGGCAUACGGCCUUGACCUAACAAUCAAGGAAGUCCCCCACUAAGCACAGGACAUACGUACGAUCUGAUACACCACUAUCUGUUUGUCUAGCAUAGGGAAACCUCCUACAAAAUGCCAUCCACAGUUGAGGUGCUAGGAAUUUGCUUUGUUACGGUAGCAGUGCUAUACGUGUCUUUCCUCUGGCUAGAGUUGGCGUACUGUGCCGCUCUUAAGCGCUCAGACAUGGGAAAGAUACCCCCCUCUCAGAAUCCUGUGCAGAUUAUAAAAGAUAGUGAAUCUGUGAGUGAUAGGAGCCUGACACUCCAGGUCCCUGUCUCACAGACAACGGUUGCUGACUUAGGGAGAGAGAACUCGGACAGUGAAAAAAACAACGUAGCAAACAAGGUAGCAAUGCCUAGUCAGCUACCCCCCACAUACCCGUGGGAUGAACUAAGAGGACCUCUAUGCAAUAACUCAUACAAUGUCAUCCCAUCUGCACCCAGUGAGGAUCCCCACAUUUGUGGCAGUACUCGGACACCCCAAGCUCUCAGGGCAGCCGCUAGAUCCCAUGCCAUCAGCAUGUUUGCUGCUAAUGUUGAAGUGUACGCAAAAUUCAGACCCUGGAUUCCAACGCCUGUAAAAAGGCUUCUAUUAACCAAGGGUCGAGGAUAUGCUUGUGUCUUUCCAGAGAAUGCGGAACAGCCCAUUUGGGUACCAGCCAGAAACAUCAAGCCUGCAAUUGACAGCCAACCAGAACCAGCUGAACAAGACCAAGACUCCGCCUUGUUAGCAGACGCACCUGCCCUAUCAUCCUACCCUGAGAAACUGCCCAAAGCCACAUCUGUUACCAUUGCGUACCCCACUAGCUCUGGUCAGCCACUCCAAUGGCCCACAGCCUGUGUGCGGUCAUGCCAUUCCUGAUAACCAUUAUUCCUCAUUCCUACCCCUAUCUGAGCAAGCAAUCCUGUGGUCUCUCGAUUUGAGCGCUGGUUAGUCAAUGACGGGUAAGAUCCCCUGGGGGACAACCUAAGACAGGCACAGCUGCGUACGGAGACCACAUGGAAACGGGGUCAACAAUGGUAUGGCCAAGAAUCAUGCCUCCCGUUGCUCAAAAAUAAACGAAAAGGGGGAAAUGUAGUGGAAUGAGAAGGCCAUGCCAAGGUGGCCACUGGCAAGCGAGCGUCAGUUAGUCAGGAAUGGCUUUGAAACUGCCUGGCGAAAGGCUGUGAUUGGAUGGCUCUGGAAACUGCCUGGCGACAGGCUGUGAUUGGAUGGAUUUGAAACUGCCUGGCGACAGGCUGUGAUUGGAUGGCUCUGGAAACUGCCUGGCAACAGGCUGUGAUUGGUUGGGGUAUAGACCGCCCCUUGACCAGAUUGGCUGGUCUUGGCUAUAUAAGCUAUUGCACCAACUAUAAUAAAUGAGUCUGCAGGCUGCUCGCCUCAAGCCUGCUCUCACCGGACUCCCGGGGUCUGUGUGUUGACUCCGCGCCUCUUGCCCCCACCACGCUGCUCUUCUCAGAAACGAACCCACUGCUACAUUGUGGAGAACUCAACGGCAACAAGGCUCUAGACUCUACAUUCCAAUUCCAGUCUUUCUGCCUUUUUUUAUUUUUUAUUUUUUUUUUAUUUUAUUUUUGACAGGCAGAGUGGAUAGUGAGAGAGAGAGAGAGACAGACAGAGAGAAAGGUCUUCCUUUUUGCCAUUGGUUCACCCUCCAAUGGCUGCUGUGGCCAGCGCAUCGUGCUGAUCCGAAGGCAGGAGCCAGGUGCUUCUCCUGGUCUCCCAUGCGGGUGCAGGCCCAAGGACUUGGGCCAUCUUCCACUGCCUUCCCAGGCCAUAGCAGAGAGCUGGCCUGGAAGAGGGGCAACCAGGAUAGAAUCCGGCGCCCCAACUGGGACUAGAACCUGGUGUGCCGGUGCAGCAAGGCGGAGGAUUAGCCUCUUAAGCCAUGGCGCCAGCUGUCUUUCUGCCUUCUUCUACCUUUAAGGAACCUUUUGGAUUACUUUGGGCCUACCCAAAUAAUCCAAGAUCAUCACUUUUUAAGAUCAGCUGAUUAAUAAACUGUGGAGAAUCCCACAGGAGUCCCAAAAGAGUUACAGAGCACCACUAACCCAAAAAGAAAGAGAAAAAGCAAAACCAAAAUGGAGUUACUUAAGCAAAGGCCACUAAGCACCAGGAACUGCCUAGACCAUCUGUCAGAACAGACUGCUGGUGAGGCUGAUAAGGACUGGGGGACAUUACAUUAGAAGAAGCCAAGCAGCUGGCCACUGCACUACUUCACCCACACUGUGCACCACGAUUGGCCACACCCAGAAGACCCCCAAAACACCACUGGUCACACCCAGAUACCCAUAUCUGGUUGGUGACACCCCAAAAGAUGAGCUUGUGGAUGGUGACACCUCAGGACACCUUCACCGCCCACCUACCUCAGAGCGGGGAUGAAAAGGUAAACUUCACAACUGCUCUGCAUCCCCUAGGGGACCACAGCUCAGUGCAAGUGAAACUCUGGCCGUGUCUCCACUGCCUGAGCUCUGCCUGCCACCCUGCUGGAGCCACCUCGCCUGGACACCUCAGCUGCCAGACCUGACAUCGGACCCAACCGCACCACUCUUCAGGUGACCUCUCCAACCCUUCACCUUGCCAUCCAUCUUGGAACUUCGAGCCUACUGCCCAACAUGCCAGUCAUCCCACGACUCCUGCCUAUGGCGGCGGCAGAGGCGGUGCACCACAUCCACCUGCAGAACUUCUCCCGCUCCCUGCUUGAAACGCUCAACGGCCAGAGGCUGGGCGGGCACUUCUGCGACGUGACCGUGCGCAUCCGGGAGGCCUCGCUCCGCGCGCACCGCUGCGUGCUGGCCGCCGGCUCGCCCUUCUUCCAGGACAAGCUGCUGCUGGGGCACUCCGAGAUCCGCGUGCCGCCGGUGGUGCCUGCGCAAACGGUGCGCCAGCUCGUGGAGUUCCUGUACAGCGGCUCGCUGGUGGUGGCGCAGGGCGAGGCGCUGCAGGUGCUCACCGCGGCGUCGGUGCUCCGCAUCCAGACCGUUAUCGAUGAAUGCACGCAAAUCAUUGCUCGCACUCGUGCCCCAGGCGCCCCAGCGCCUGCACCCCUGCCCGCGCCCGUGCCCCCACCGCUUGCUCCCGCGCAGCUGCGCCACCGUCUGCGCCAUUUGUUGGCAGCGCGCCCUCCGGGGCACCCCGGCAUCGCGCACAGCCGCAAACAGCGCCAGCCUGCGCGCCUGCAGCUGCCUGCGCCUCCGGCGCCAACCAAGGCGGAAGGACCGGACGCCGACCCCGCGCUGCCUGCAGCCCCCGACGACCGAGGGGACGACGACGAGGACGAGGAGGAGACAGACGAGGACAGUGAUGGCGACGAUGGCGAAGGCGGCGGGCCGGGGGAGGGCCAGGCACCCCCUUCCUUUCCGGACUGUGCUGCCGGCUUCCUCACCGCCGACAGAGCGCGUGAGGAGCCCCCAGCACCCACCGGGCUCACUGACUACGGCAGUGCUGGAAGGGACUUUCUUCGAGGGGCCGCGGCGGCUGAGGAUGCGUUCCCGGAGAGCUAUGUGACUGCUUGGCACGAGGAGGACAGCGUGGCUGCGGAGAGUUGCCCCGCGGAGACCCCGGUCCCACCCGACUGCGUCCUGACUGCACCCCGUGCUCCCAGCGUGAAGACCCCAGGGCCGCCCGUCCCUCUCUUCCCCUUCCACCUGGGCGCCCCUGGGCCGCCCACACCUACCCCUCCCACCCCAUCGGGGCCGGCCCCCGGCCCGCCCCCUGCUUUCUACCCCGCGCUCCAGCCAGAGGCUGCCCCCAGCGUGCAGCUCGGGGAUGCCCCAGCUCAGCCUGCCGCUCCGGCUGCCGCCCCUCCAGUCACACCUGUUCGAGCUCCGGGUGCGGAGCCGCCGGCCUACGAGUGCAGCCACUGCCGGAAAACCUUCAGCUCCAGGAAAAACUACACCAAGCACAUGUUCAUCCACUCGGGGGAAAAGCCGCACCAGUGUGCCGUGUGCUGGCGAUCCUUCUCACUACGCGACUACUUGCUCAAGCAUAUGGUCACGCACACUGGCGUGCGUGCCUUCCAGUGCGCGGUCUGUGCCAAGCGCUUCACGCAGAAGAGCUCCCUCAAUGUGCACAUGCGCACGCACCGGCCGGAGCGCGUGCCCUGCCCAGCCUGCGGCAAGGUCUUCUCCCACCGCGCGCUGCUGGAGCGCCACCUGGCUACGCAUCCUGCGCCCUGACGGGGGCCCAGGGCCUGAGGAUUCGGUGGGGACUGGCUACACCCACUGCGUGACCUGUCGCCUCGGUCCAGUGGAGCCUGGUUGCUGUAGCAGCGGCUCCUUGACCAUAUUCCCGCCCGCACACCGCGCCCUCCCCCAAGCGCAGGCUCUCCUCCUCCCCCACCCCUUUCUCUACGCUAGACCUCGAGGUCCAGCCCCCUGGAUCCUCCGGGGCCGUGCCGGGCCAGGGCAGGGAAUGGUAGGGGCUCCCUCCUCUGAGAACUGGAGCACCUCCCGCGUGAGCUGGACGCUGAGGUCCUUGGACCUGGCCCUGGACCUGUGUGUCUGACCCCGGUUCGCCCUGCACUAUCCGUAGUGAGGUGGGAUUUGGGUUGCUCCCCUGCCCCCAUGUCUGGCGAGGUGAAGUCCCUGGUUCCCCAUCCCGAGCUCUACCUGUCCCUCGGGGCGCUUAAGGAGGCUCAGGUGGACCUGCCCUGGCAUGGGGCCGGCCUCGGGAUUCCCCUCCCUGUAAUAAACGAUGAGGAGCCAUGGGGCACGAGUGUGUGACGUGUGCACUGAGAUCAGUGCUGAGCGUGAUGAUUGGGACUCAAUGUCCCCAGCCCUGGGCAGUACCCCUGCCGCCACCCCCACCUCCCUGGGCACCAUUUAGGUAAACUGGGCCUCAGUUCCGGGUACUGGGACAUGCUACGUGUGUGGCUGGCAUUCAGCUCUUUUGGAGCACUUGGUCCUGCGGGAGGGGCAGAGGCCAACUCCUGCAGAAGUAGGUCUUGGAGAGAGACCACAAACCCUAGUCACACUGUAGCCCUCUGUUGCUCACCAAGUCUGUUUCAAUCUUCCAACCAGACUCUCAGAAUCUGGAUUUUAAAACUUCCCCUGCCACCUGCAGAUGGGCAUGAUGGUUGAGCAAGUUACCUUUGGAGAGCCUGCCCUGGCCAUUGGUGGCCACGUUCCAGAGUAGGUGGCUUCUCAGUGAGUGACGGCUGCGCCACCUGACCCCUGCUGUGAGCCAGUGUCACAGGGCUCCCUGACCAGCUGUCAGCCCUGGGGAGCCAUUCUCCCCAUCUGCCCCCAGCACAUUCGCAACUCCUGACCCAGGUGCCCUAUUCCAAGCACUUGGAGUGGACAGAGAGAACUCUAGCCUGGAGGGCUCAUGGGACAGUGGUGACCCCUUUGAAAUCUCCCUCUGACUGCCUCCCAGUGGUGAGGGGACAAGGUUUCUCAGUCCAGCUCUGCACAUGAAGGCCAGAGUUCAGUCUCCAUCAAUGCCAAAAGUGGGACAGAGAGAGUAGGCACACGGGAGGGAACAGAGCUGCAUUUAAAUGAGUAGUUGCUUGGCCCCGGGCAGGAGGUUAGACUCCUCUCAUCACUGGGGACAAAGGGGUGUAGCCCGGUCAGGACUGUCCCCGUGGGUCAGGUGGGUGCCAGAGGAGGGCAGAGCAUCAGGCGGUGCCUGGGACAAGGAUGACCUUGUCCUGUUGCUUUCCUAUUUGACUUGCUGGAACAUCUCUAAAGUCAGUCUCUCAAGUUCCUGUACAGAAUGUGCACAGUUGGAGGCAGUUGCCAGCCCUAGGAGGGGGGACUGGGCAAACAGGACAGCAGGGAGGCUGGUGGUGGUAUCCAAGGAGGAGAAAGACCUGCGGGCCCAGAGAAGAGGAGGAAAGACCUCUGGAGAAAGACAGGGCUGAUAAGGAAGGUAAACAGCAAAACAGGAGAAGAGCUGGGGGCAGAGUUCUAGACCAGGAGCAGCCACUGCCAGCCGGGCCUGAGCCACCGCCUCCAGGGCGGGGUAGAUGGGCUGGACAUUGAGGCCAGGAGCCCCGGACAGAGAUAAGCCUGUGAAUGUGCAGCCAUUUGUCCAGAAGGGAGUUGGGGCUAUGGGUGGAAGGCAGCAGCUCACCUUUCUACUGCUGCUGUUAUUUCUGCUGGGGGCCCUGGGGCAGCCCUUGUGGCCAGCAGCAAUGGCUCUGACCCUGCGCUGGCUCCUGGGGGACCC